UGAGUGAAGAGCUGGAGCUGAGGCCGGGUGAAAUGAAAGGUCCAGGGCUCGCUUUAUCCUAUCGUCCACGACUUGUGUAACCAUCAAGAUAUCCAGACACGUCGGAAGUAGCACGUUUGUUUUGUCGUAGAAUACUAGAUCUGCUGACCUGUGCGGCACUGAGCGGUGCCGAUUUAUCGGAUUUGAGGAGAAUAGUGCAGAAUGGCGGCCGGUCGCAUAAGCUGCCUCAAGGCCGUGUUCUGCCUGCUAGCGAUUACUCUGCCCACUGGCAGGGCAGCGGUGGACAAGAAACCGAACUUCGUGUUCUUGCUCAUGGAUGAUAUGGGAUGGGGUGACCUUGGAGUGUUUGGACACCCCGCUAAAGAAACGCCCAACCUGGACAAGAUGGCUGCCGAUGGAAUGACCUUUCCGGACUUCUACUCCGCAAAUCCCCUCUGCUCGCCAUCACGGGCAGCAUUGAUGAGUGGCCGACUGCCCAUCCGCAAUGGCUUCUACACGACCAACGCACAUGCCAGGAAUGGGUACACUCCACAAGACAUCGUGGGUGGGAUUCCAGACAAGGAGAUACUGUUCCCCGAGCUGCUGCAGAAAGCCGGAUAUAAGAACAAGAUCAUCGGGAAAUGGCAUCUAGGUCAGCAGGAGCAGUACUUGCCUCAUAAGCACGGCUUCGACGAGUGGUUCGGAGCUCCCAACUGCCAUUUUGGACCGUACAACGACAAGGGAAAGCCAAACAUUCCUAUGUAUCGCGAUGAUCAUAUGAUCGGCCGGUUGUACGAGGACUUUGUGAUCAAUAAAACCAGCGGGUAUUCCAAUCUAACCCAAAUCUACAUCGAGGAAGCUACAAACUUCAUUAAUGAGCAGUCGACGGCGGCCAAUCCGUUCCUCUUGUACUGGGCAGUGGAUGCCACACAUGGUCCAGUCUAUGCGUCACAUGACUUCCUUGGGACAAGCCAGCGUGGGCUGUAUGGCGAUGCAGUGCGUGAGUUGGACUAUGGUGUUGGUGUCAUACUGGCUGCAAUCAAGUCAGCUGGUGUUGAGGAAAACACACUAGUCAUGUUCUCGUCCGACAAUGGUGGAGCUACGUAUGCCAAAGAACAAGGAGGUAGCAACGGGCCAUUCCUGUGUGGCAAGGAGACGACAUACGAAGGUGGAAUGAGAGAGCCAACCAUCGCUCAGUGGCCUGGUCGUAUACAAGCUGGAACAAUCAGCCACCAGCUAGGCAAUCUGAUGGACUGGUUCAGUACAAGUCUAGACCUAGCUGGUAUUGAGCUACCACAGGAUCGUAUCAUUGACGGCAUCAGCCUGGCACCAGCACUCUUCAACAAUACACCGGUGGACAGACCAAUCUUCUAUUACCGUGGCAAUGAGAUGAUGGCAGUGCGUGUCGGCAUGUACAAGGCUCACUACUGGACAUGGACGAAUAGCUUGGCGGAGUUCCAGAAGGGUACGGACUUCUGUCCGGGUGAAGACAUCGCCAACGUGACCACACAUGAUCAAGUCAACAACACCCUGGCACCGAUAGUGUUUGACCUGGGCAAAGAUCCUGGUGAAAAGUACCGUUUACGUCCCCACACAGCACAGUACAAAGCAGCCAUGGCGGCCAUUCAGCCGGUCGUGGACGACCAUAAGUCCAAGCUUGUGCCGGGCGAGCCACAGCUCAACAAAUGCGAUCCGGCCGUUCAGAACUGGGCACCGCCUGGCUGCAAGGAGCUGAACAAGUGCCUGCCAAUCCCACCGCACGCCGAGACCGACUGUGUAUGGGUGCAUUGAUGAUGGAAUUCUAUUGCUGCAUGCAGUCACACAUCAUGCUAGGGAAAUCGCUCAAGUACAAUGGCUUUGGCAAUAGUGGCAAUAUGGUCAUGUUAGUGAUACCAUUGUGUCCUGAGCAAAGACAUUAAUUUUAUCAAUCUUUAUCAUGAUCGUUGCUUUAGGCUAUUUUUGACAAGACUCAUUGUGGAGAGCAGUUUUGAUCGACGACUGUGCGGAGUUGCUCAGUGUUACCAGAACCUUGUUAUGAAUGGAACAACAUUCAGUGAGGAUGUUUGUUCACCAGUGGACAUAAUUUAUAGCACACAUUU